CAAAGCCCUUGAGUCCUGAUUGACUUGAAGAGAAGCUCUCAUUCGUGAGCGAGUCAGACUCGGUCUAGGGCUCUAGCAAUGGCGGAGAUAGGGACGACUCGGCUUGACUCGGGAUGGCUCGCCGCGAGGUCCACGGAGGUUCCUCUCAGCGGGACCCAGCUCACCACCACUCACCCUCCCUCUGGGCCCACCUCCCCCUGGAUGAAUGCCGUCGUUCCGGGAACUGUUUUGGCAACCUUGGUGAAGAACGAAGUUGUUCCUGAUCCCUUCUAUGGGCUGCAAAACGAGACAAUUAUAGAUAUUGCUGAUUCUGGGAGAGAGUACUACACAUUCUGGUUCUUUACAACUUUUCAGAGUAAUCUGUCAGGAAAUCAGCGUCUGGAUCUGAAUUUUCGUGGAAUCAAUUAUUCUGCAGAGUUGUAUUUAAAUGGGCACCAAAAGGUCCUGCCAAAAGGGAUGUUUAGGAGGCAUUCUCUGGAUGUCACUGAUAUUCUGCAUCCUGAUGGUCAAAACUUGCUUGCUGUUCUUGUUCACCCUCCAGAUCAUCCCGGGAGAAUUCCUUCUAAGGGGGGGCAAGGUGGUGAUCAUGAGAUUGGAAAGGAUGUUGCCACACAAUAUGUUGAGGGUUGGGAUUGGAUGGCUCCUAUAAGGGAUAGGAACACUGGCAUAUGGGAUGAGGUAUCUAUUUCUAUAACCGGGCCGGUGAAAAUAGUUGAUCCCCACUUGGUUUCGUCCUUUUUCGACAAUUACAAGAGGGUAUAUUUGCAUGCUACGACAGAGUUGGAAAAUAGAAGUGGCUGGGUUGCUCAGUGUUCUUUGAAUGUUCAAGUGACAACGGAACUUGAGGGAAACGUUUGUCUAGUAGAGCAUCUUGAGACUCAAAAUUUGUCAAUCCCUGCUGGAUCACGAGUGCAAUAUACAUUUCCAGAGCUUUUUUUCUACAAGCCCAACUUAUGGUGGCCAAAUGGUAUGGGAAAACAAUCCUUGUACAACGUACACAUUACUGUUGAUGUGAAAGGAUACGGGGAGUCUGAUGCGUGGAGCCAUCUAUUUGGAAUGCGGAAAAUUGAGAGCCAUAUUGAUAGUGCCACUGGUGGAAGGUUGUUCAAGGUCAACGGGCAGCCUAUUUUUAUUCGUGGUGGUAAUUGGAUAUUGUCAGAUGGGUUACUACGGCUGUCAAAGAAACGUUACAAAACAGACAUCAAGUUUCAUGCUGAUAUGAAUUUUAACAUGCUUCGCUGUUGGGGUGGCGGAUUGGCCGAGAGGCCAGAAUUUUAUCAUUAUUGUGAUAUUUAUGGUCUUCUGGUGUGGCAAGAGUUUUGGAUUACUGGAGAUGUUGAUGGACGAGGUGUCCCAGUAUCAAAUCCAAAUGGUCCCCUGGAUCAUGAUCUUUUUCUGCUAUGUGCAAGAGACACUGUCAAGCUUCUCAGGAACCAUGCUAGUCUUGCUCUUUGGGUAGGUGGGAAUGAGCAAGUUCCACCAGAUGACAUCAACACAGCUUUGAAAAAUGACCUCAGACUCCAUCCUUAUUUUGAACUUUCCAAUGAAACCAGCACGUCCUUAGAAGAUUCAUCCCCAGUGUUGAAGGAUCCUAGCCAAUAUCUUGAUGGUACUCGUGUUUACAUCCAAGGAUCCAUGUGGGAUGGGUUUGCAAAUGGAAAGGGGGACUUCACAGAUGGCCCUUAUGAAAUCCAAAAUCCUGAAGACUUCUUCAAAAAUAAUUUUUACAAGUAUGGAUUCAAUCCUGAGGUUGGUUCUGUCGGGAUGCCUGUUGCGGAUACUAUCAGAGCAACAAUGCCUCCAGAAGGCUGGAAGAUUCCGGUGUUGAAGAAGCUUCCUGGUGGGUACACAGAAGAAAUUCCAAACCCCAUAUGGGAAUACCAUAAAUACAUACCCUAUUCAAAUCCAAAAAAAUCUGUUCAUGAUCAAAUUGAACUUUAUGGUACCCCAAAGGAUCUCGAUGAUUUUUGUUUAAAGGCUCAACUGGCUAACUACAUUCAGUAUAGAGCUCUGCUGGAGGGCUGGACUUCCCAUAUGUGGAGUAAAUUCACUGGUGUCCUGAUUUGGAAGACACAGAAUCCUUGGACUGGUCUUAGAGGUCAGUUUUAUGAUCAUCUCCUUGACCAAACGGCAGGUUUCUAUGGCUGUCGCACUGCUGCAGAACCAAUCCACGUCCAGCUGAAUCUGGCUACUUAUUUUAUAGAGGUUGCCAAUACUACAUCAGAGGAACUAUCUAACAUAGCCAUUGAAGCCUCAGUCUGGGAUCUGGAAGGUUCAUGUCCUUACUACAAAGUUUUUGAAAAGCUCUCUGCGCCACCCAAAAGAACAGUGUCCAUUGUUGAGAUGAAGUAUCCAAAGUCUAAAAACCCAAAGCCAGUGUACUUCCUUCUCCUCAAACUCUACAACAAAUCAGACUACAGCAUUAUAUCUAGAAACUUUUACUGGCUACAUCUGCCAGGUGGAGAUUACAAGCUGCUGGAGCCGUACAGAAGGAAAAAAAUACCCCUCAAGAUUACAUCUAAGGCUUUCAUCAAAGGGUCCACUUUCGAAAUUGAAAUGCAUGUUCAAAACACAUCCAAGAAAGCUGACUCUAAAAAUUUGACCUAUUUGAACAAUUUCAUGGCUAGGCAAGGUAAUGGUGAUUUUGAUAUGGCCUCGGUGGAGCCUGUACAUAGUGGGACUGACGAAAAACAUGAGGUCGGUUUGUUCCGGAGGAUUUACAGUUUUUUCGCGAAGGAAAACGACGGCUUAAGGGUUGCCGAAGUAAAUGGGCAAGAUGUAGGGGUUGCUUUCUUCCUUCAUUUUUCUGUUCAUGCUUUGAAGACAGACCGCAAAGAAGGAGAAGACACGAGAAUUCUUCCUGUUCAUUACUCGGACAACUAUUUCUCACUAGUGCCCGGUGAGGUUAUGCCCAUCAAACUCACUUUUGAGGUCCCUUCAGGUGUCACCCCUCGAGUUUCCCUGCAUGGCUGGAAUUACCAUGGUGGGCAUACUGUUCAUUGAGCUUGGUAAAGAGUAUUUAUUAUGUCUUGUCAGCAAUCUUGUGAAAGCAAUAACUCUAUAGAACAUAAUCCCAAAUUACACACUCAAUUGUUUGAUUUGAUUGACUUUUGUCACUGAAAGUUUCACCUGUGAUACCAGGAAUAAAGCGGCUAAAUCAAUUGAGAGAA